UCUAUUGCCAUCUGUCGAUGCAGAGCUAGAAACCAGAAAUGAAUUGUAAAGUUAUGUUUCUCAAUGUACAUUUAAUUUCAUCGAUUAAAUAAAAAUUUCAUAAUUAAAAAAGUUGUAAGAAAGAAUAAUUAUAUGGACUAUUCAUAUUGCAAUUAAAUUUUACAUAUUCUUGUAUAUAGACAGAGUUAAUUAAAGAUGAAUAACAUAUUAAGGUUACGUUGUAUCGCCAAGUGCUUUAAUACUCGUCAUUUUUCUGCAAAAUAUACAUUAGAUGUCGAAAACAGACAAUUUUUUGAAGAUAUUUUUCCUGAUAUUUUCAUUGAUAACAUAAAAAAGUUAUGGAAAAAUCCACCACAAUGUAUAUACGCUGGAUUCGAUCCCACUGCGGACAGUUUGCAUAUAGGAAAUUUGUUAGUUCUAAUAAAUCUUUUACAUUGGCAACGUUGUGGUCAUCAAGUGAUCAUCCUGUUAGGAGGUGCAACAGGCUCAAUCGGUGACCCAAGUUUUAGAAAAACAGAACGCGUUGAAAUAGAACAUCUUGUACUCCAGGAAAACAUAGAAUGUAUAAGAAAUGAUGUCAAAAAUAUUAUCAGGAAUCAUGCAAAAUAUUUUUGUAAAAACCAUCAACAUUUGAUUCCCAUAAAAAUAUUAAACAAUAUAGAAUGGUAUAAAGAUAUGAAUUUGAUUUCAUUUAUUAAGGACAUUGGAAAGUAUUUCAGAAUGGGUACAAUGCUUGGUCGUUCAUCUGUGCGAAGUAGAUUAGAAUCCACAACUGGAAUGAGUUUUACAGAAUUCAGUUACCCCCUUUUCCAAGCAUAUGAUUGGCUUUACUUACACAGUAAAUAUAACUGCUUGUUUCAAGUUGGAGGUCAAGAUCAAAUGGGAAAUAUAGUAUCUGGUUAUGAUUUAAUCACUAAAUAUACCAAAAAUCAAGUUUAUGGCUUAACGCUACCAUUAAUCACAGCCCAAGAUGGACUAAAAUUUGGAAAAUCUACAGGCAAUGUAGUUUGGCUCUCACCUACAAAAUCUUCUAGCUUUCAACUGUAUCAGUAUUUUAUUAGAAUAGAAGAUGCAGUUGUUGAAAAAUUCCUUUAUUUCUUCACAUUUUUAUCUGUAUAUAAUAUUAAACAGAUUGUACAAGAGCAUUUUAAAAGACCAGAACUGAGACUAGCACAAAAAAUUCUAGCUGAAAAAGUUACAAUAUUGGUUCAUGGAGAAGAAGGAUUACUUGCAGCAAAGAGGGCAUCUGCUGUUCUUUAUGAUAAUUCUAUUGAUUCUUUAGCAAAAAUGCAAGCGGAUGAUCUAGUACAGAUAUUAGAUGGUGCUACUGUAGUAGAACUUCUAUCUGAACCAGGUAUUAGUGUUUAUGACUUAGCUAUGAAAGCAAACUGUUUUAAAACAGAUCAUGAUGCAAGGAGAAUUAUAGCAGCUGGAGGUUUCUCCAUUAAUUAUCAAAAAAUUACGAAUUUAGCAGAACUCAUUGUACCUGGAAUACAUAUAUUAAGUAAUAAUAUAUCAUUACUUAGAGUAGGGAAAAAGACCUAUCAUGUUGUACGCUGGUUAUAAAAUAAACCAUUUAUGAUUAAAAUUUAUGUAACUUUAAUAAACGAUGUUGUCUACUGAUAUUAAAGUAGUAAUUUCCUUCUGAUUUUUAAAUAUAUAUAGUAAUCGUAAUUUUCUUGACAUUAUAAAAAAUAACAUGUUUAAUAAAAAAGUAUUUAUUUUUUAUAAUCUUGAGAUAUAACAAUUUAUUUAAUAAAAAAAUUUAAUAUACGAUUUUUUCUACAUCGUUAUAUUAAAGAAUCUUCUGACCGAAUAUAUUCUCCUACAUCAGCUUGAUGAAAACAUACUGUUGCCAUUGGGUCUGCAUAUUUACAAUCCAUUGUACUUUUAGCGGUGACACCAAAACCCUAAAAUAGUAAUUUU